AUGACAUCUCUCUCGGCGGCGCUAGUUCUUCUAGCGGCCGGAGUUCUUGUUCAAGCCUAUAGUGGCUCUUCGACAUUCGACUAUGAGCGAUUAUUGAAACGUGAAGUCCCAGGACAGGCUCAGAUUAUUGACUGGAAAUCGUUCAAUGUUCUGCCAACCGUUUCGCCCCCAUCGGUGGCUAAUGCUACCACGUUUUUCUUCAUACCACCGGGACAUGAUUUAGAGUCAUUGAAAGAAAAGCCUUUUCAUAUUUAUGACGAUGAAUUCUACGAUGUGAUUGGGCCUAACCCUACGUUGACACUCAUCGCCAACGCGGGAACAAAUCCCCUAUUUCACGAGGCCCCCGUCUGGUAUCCGCCUACAGAUGAGAUGUUCUUUGUGCAAAACGCCGGAGCUCCAGCCACGGGCACAGGCCUAAACAAAUCUAAUAUCAUCCUUAAAAUCGCGCUUUCAGAAGCUGCGGCCGUAUCGAAUCUUCGUAACGCAACGGGAUCUGUUAACGUUGAGACUGUUGAUGCACCAGCCAUCAUCAACUCGAAUGGUGGAACAAACUAUAAGGGCGAAAUCGUAUUCGCCGCGCAAGGCCAAGGAAAUGAUUCUACGUCACAGCUAGUCGUGAUGAAUCCGAGGGAACCGUAUAAUACAACUAUACUACUCAAUAAUUACUUCGGGCGUCAGUUCAAUUCCCUAAACGAUGUCGCGGUCAACCCUCGCAAUAAGGAAUUAUAUUUCAGCGAUAGUCUCUACGGAUAUCUACAGAAUUUCCGGCCCGCACCAGGACUCCGGACUCAAAUAUAUAGAUACAACCCCGAGACUGGCGCAGUCGCUGCAGUCGCAGAUGGGUUCAGUGUUAAUAACGGAUUAACAUUCUCUCCUAACGGCUCACAUGCCUACGUCACUGAUACCGGAGUCAAUAAGGUUGCAUUGGGUUGGAAUUUUAGUGAGCCUGCCAGCAUUUAUCGUUUCGAUGUUCAGGAAGAUGGAACUUGGGAUAAUCGUAAGCUUUUUGCAUACGUCGACACCGGUGUUCCAGACGGUGUUCACUGCGAUAGCAAUGGCAAUGUCUACUCUGGUUGCGGCGAUGGCGUGCAGGUGUGGAACCCAUCAGGAAAACUCAUCGGAAAGAUCUUCCUCGGCUCGACGUCCGCGAACUUCAACUUCGCUGGUGAUGGGCGAAUGGUCAUUCUCGCGGAGGAGGAUCUCUACUAUGCUACCCUUGCAGCUUCAGGGGGCGGAUACAUUGGAGAUGUUUGA